ACAUUUUUGAGUGUUUUCGAGAAUCCUUGAACCUUAGAGAUCUUGAACUUUCUGCUUCUUCAUUUGUAUCUGACUUUGAAACAAAUAUCAGGCAAACUUUUGAGGAAACAUUCCCAAAUGUUCCUGUUAAAGGCUGUUAUUUUCAUUAUGCAAAAGCCAUCUGGUCAAGAGUUAAAAAAAUUUUCAAACUUAAUUGGACGUGAUAUUCUGUAUAUCCCUGUAUUUGAAAUCUCUGCCCAUAUCUGUAAACAGUAUUGUUUACUUCGCUCUGAUAAUCGAGUUCCAUAUAGUGCUCCACUAACUCUUCUAUGGUUUGAAGAAACAUUUUUUCUAUCUGGACAUUAUCAGUCCAUUACUCCAACUGAUUCCAGCAUUAUAAUGAAGCAUUACAAUAGGAUGAAUAACUCAACAUAUCGAUUGUUUGAGUCUCAGGUUGCCAGGAUGACACUGAGAUCUGUCAACUCAGAUGUUGAGCAAAUUCAACAGUCUGAGAUCCAUAGUUCUGCAAUUAUGCAUGUAACUCCAACCUUGCUCCAGGAGAGAUUAGAUCAAAACAAACCAUCGACCCAGUGCAGAACAAAAAGAAAGUCCACAACAAUUUUAGAUAAUUCCAGCCCCAAAAGAACUAAACUGUCGGAUACAACAGAUAUUACUCAUCCAGA